AGGUGUUUGUGCGCGCGCGCGGUGGCGGGAGCGGUUCGGAGCGCGCUUAGUUCCCGGAGGCGGAGAGCGGAGAAGGGGGAGUUUCUUCGGCCGGCUUGCGUGACCGCCCCGGAACAGAUUUGAUUCUGAAAGCCUAGAAAUGAAGCAAUUGGCAGCAGAAACUAUCCGGCUGGUUUCGAGUUCACAGGUGAUAACAUCUGUUGUCAGUGUGGUUAAAGAACUAUUAGAGAAUUCUUUGGAUGCUAACGCAACAAAUGUUGAUGUUAAAUUGGAAAACUAUGGUUUUGAUAAGAUUGAAAUUCGAGAUAACGGUGAUGGGAUCAAGGCAGCUGAUGUUCCUGUUGCAGCGGUGAAACACUACACUUCAAAAAUAAGCUCAUCUGAGGACCUUGAAAAGUUGGCAACAUACGGUUUCCGUGGUGAAGCUUUGGGUUCAAUUUGUAGCAUGUCUGAGGUCCUGAUUACAACAAAGACCGCUUCUGACGAUUUCAGCACCCAGUACCUGUUGGAUAGAAGUGGUCACGUGACUUCUCAAAAGCCAUCUCAUCUCGGACAAGGUACAACUGUAACUGUUCUGAAGCUGUUCAAGAAUCUGCCUGUGAGAAAGCAGUUUUACUCAACAGAUAAAAAACGCAAGGAAGAAAUUAAAAAGAUCCAGAAACUUCUGAUGGCAUACGGCAUCAUAAAACCAGAACUGAGGAUCACAUUUACACACAACAAGACAAUUAUGUGGCAGAAGACCAGGGUGUCCGAUCACAAAAUGGCUUUCAUGGCUGUAGUGGGAACUGCCGUUAUGAGCGGAAUGGUACCUUUUCAACACCAUAGUGAAGAUCCUGAGGUGUUUCUCAGUGGCUUUCUUCCAAAGCCCAGUUCAGAUGGUUGUUUGACAAGUCAUUCAAGUGCAGAAAGGAGCUUCAUCUUUGUAAACAAUCGACCAGUGCAUCAGAAGGAAAUUCUUAAGCUGGUUCAACAAUACUAUAACCUGAAGUCACACAAGGAUUCUAAUCGUUCACACCCUGCUUUCUUUAUCAACAUUGCUGUUCCUCCAUCCGCCGUGGAUGUCAAUUUAACACCAGAUAAAUCUCAAGUGUUUCUGCAUAAUAAGGAGUCUGUCUGUCUUGCUGUUGAAAAUGUCUUGACCUCAGUCUAUGGACCUCUACCUGGGACUGCUUCUUGUGAAACUGAUUUGUCAGGUGCUACUUCAGGAGAAGCAGAACAAAUGAAUGUCUCUCUAAAUGAAGUUGAACCCAGGAACAUUGAUCCGCAUGCAUGCACUGAAUUGAUUUCAUUUAGUAAUGCACAAAAUGGUGGAACGGAAAAACCCACAGAGGUUUGCUUGGAGACUCAAAUGUUGUAUUCAGCUGUAGGAUUGUCUACCAAAAAUGAACUAUCUGGCUGCAAGACAGCUGUGUCUGAUAGAUUUUUGUGUGAGCACCAACAGAAUAAGUCUAAGGUGAUAUUUAACCUAGAUGGCAAUACCUUAAUGGACACAAAUUCUAAAAAUGGCCUUGAUGAUGAUUUGAGAGAUGACCAUUUCCAAGAAGCCAUAGAGAGAACCACAACCCUAAAAGAUUCUACUGAAGUAACUGCUGAUAAAUGGAGUUUGGGGAAUGCAUUUAAGAAUACCAGAGGAGAGAACAUUGAACCUGUUCGGAUUUUGAUUCCUGAAAUGGGACAUGCAAGGCCUCAAGAGAGAAGAAAUGAUGAUGGCCAACAAACAUUUCAAGAGGGAGGUAGCAUCCAAAGUCUGAAAAAAACAAAUGUGGUAAAUGAUAAACUAGGACAGAUUACAGCCUAUGACAUAAUAAAAAAUCGGAUAAUAAAGAAAGCCAUGUCAGCAUUUGACAUUUUUACUCAAGACCAUCGCCCAAGAUUGUUAGCUGAAAAUACAAAAGUGAGCAUGGAAGAACUAAUGCUGAAAUUGAAAGAAAUGUGGGAAACACUGAAUGAAGAAGAGAAAAAGAAAUAUGAAGAAAAAGCUAAUAGAGACUUUGAGCGAUACAACAAGCAGAGCAGAAAAGCUGCGGAUCAAAGUAUACAAAGAUCAACAAGAGGGAGAGAGAGAAAACAUAAGUCCAAACUUAAAGACUGUCUAAUUAAUCAGCAGAAACUUGAUAAACUUUUUCAUUCUCAAAUGGAAGAGAAACCAAAUAGUUGCAAAGCAAUAAAAAUUGUUCAAGUGCCCUUCUCUAUGGAUUCAUUCAGACAUAAUCUUCAUGUGCUUAAACAGAAAGAGACUGUUAAGGAUGAUCCUUGCCUAAUUCGUCUUCCGAAUUUUCCUGAUGCAUGGAUAAUUGCCUCUGAGAAAAAGAUAAUGAUGUUGAAUCCAUACAGAGUAGAAGAAGCCCUUCUGUUUAAAAAACUGCUUGAAAACCAUAAACUUCCUAUACAGAAACUGGACAACCCGAUUAUAUUAACUGAUAGUCUUUUUAGUGACUCCCGUUAUAAAGAAGUUCUUUGCAAUAUGCCCAAGGAAAGCAUAAGAUUUGAUGGGUCAUCCUACUUGUCAGAUACAAGACUUACAGCAAACGGAUUUCAGAUAAAGAUAAUACCAGCUAUAGAAAAUCAGCUGGAAAUAGAAGGAAUGGCAAACUGUCUGCCGUACUAUGGGAUACCUGAUCUGAAAGAAAUUCUGAGUGCUGUGGUAGAUUGUAAUGCAAAAGAAGUUCAUGAGUGUCGACCUCUUAAAGUCACAAACUACCUGGAGGCAAAAGCUGUGAGACUGUGUCGGCAGCUACCUUUGUAUAUAUCCAAGGAAGAUGUACAAGACACCAUCCACAAAAUGGAGACACAACUUGGAAAUCAACAUAAAGGCUGUGUUCAUGGUCGUCCAUUUCUUCAUUAUUUAACAGAUAUUCCAGAGUAACUAGCAAGGAAAAACCUCAUCCUGCAGUCACAUUUUACACAAUUACAAACAAAACACUCAUUUUUUGCACAAUUAUUUGUAACUGUCUUCUGUAUUGAUCUCUGUGAAGUGGGAGAUUGCUAUUUUUUAAAAUGAACAUGAGCAUUGAAUUAAUGGUAUUGAAAUGUGUUUUGGAACAAUUCAUUGUUUCUAAGAAAAUAUACUGAAGGACAAUCCAUGUUCUGAAGGUGUAAGAUAAGCUGAUGGAAAUAGAUUUCCAAAUAAUUAUUUUUACAUUAUUUUUCUACUGGUCGAGUUUGUAGUUCAUAAAAAAAGUGGAAAAGAAGACCACUCACAGCAAGAAGAAAAUGGAAUAUAAUGUUUAAUGCUGAUUUGUCUCCACUAAAUGGAUAUUCAGGGUUGAAGUAUAUAGCUAUAAUUACAGAUGCAUUUUCUACAAGUGGACAAUAUGUGGAUACAUCCAAAUAAAAAUUUGCAUUUCUCUUGUGUUAUUUCAUAUUCUAAUUUCUCAAAAGUUAUGAGAUGGCUAUUACUCAAAGCCACUGAAGCAUGUGCAGAAUCUGCUUCUGCUUGGGGAUUGUCUUACUGAAUUAGGAGCUCUACAUAUAAUAUUCAGAUGUACAUUCAUACAUGAAACUUGGGCUGGAUCUAGACACAUCAAAGAAGUAGUUGGACUCCGAUGGGUAUGUGUGAUAGAUGAAACUCAACCAAAGAUUCUUCCUUUGCUGGUUGGCAGUACAAUUCUAUACUUCCAAGACCCUUGAUCUUCUUGGUUCCUCUCCUGUGCGCAUGUUCCAGCUUAUCAAUAUUCUUAAACUGUGGUGCGCAGAACUGGACACUGCAACAGGUGUGGUUUUACCAAGGCGGACCAGAGCAGUACUAUGACUUCCCUUGAUCUGGACACUAUACUUCUGUUGAUGCAGCCUAGAAUAGCAUUGGCUUUUUUUGCAGCUGCAUCACACUGUUGUCUCAUGUUAAGCUUGUGGUCUACUAAGACUCCUAGAUCCUUUUCACACAUACUACUGGAAGCCAGAUGGCCCUGUCUUUUAUUUCAUAGAAUUGUGGAAUUGUAGAGUUGGAAGGGAACAUGAAGAUCAUCUAGUCCAACUCCCUGCAAUGAAUGAAUCUUUUGCCCAAUGUGGGGCUUGAACCCACAACCCCGAGAUUAAAAGUUGCAUGCUCUACAUUUGUGCAGCUGGUUCUUCCUGCCUAAAGAUGUCCUGCAAGGCAGCGGGUCUGGAUUUUUCCUUGGGGGUUUAUUCCCGAAGCCGCCUUAUGUAUGAGUAGAGCUGCAAAGCAGUGGAGGUUUAGGAUGAGAGUUUUCCUUCUAGAUGAGUGCAAAACAACUACUGUACUACUUCUGUUUUUGUAAUGUGACGUUUCAACGAGCCUAUUGACAAGAUCCACUAAAAAAGCAACUUUAGCAAAAGAAUUGUGAAAAUAAGGAUUUGGGAUGGGGGCAAUUUUUUGUCCUCCUUCAAAGCGCCAUAUUAGCAAAGCUGGUGGGGCUUCCCUCUGGCUAAAUUCUGCAAACAUACGAGGUCACUCACACAGACCCUCAAGAGUCCCUAUUUUCCAGAGUCCCUAUUUUCAUGCCGGUUUCUGAUUUGAUCCCAGAAUGUCCCACUUUUCCUUAAGAUUUCAUUGGAGAAAUGUUGGACAGUAUGGAGUUAGAUGACCCCAGAGUCAAGGAG